AUGGCACGAAAUUCAAGUAAUUCCAGGCUCAGGAAAAUUGUUGGAUGGAGUAUACUCAUUCUAUUUAUUAGUAUCAUUAUUUUCAUUCUCACGCUUAGGAAGCCUUUCGUUCGCCAUACAGGAAGAAUUCCUUAUGGAUGGGAUUCCAAGUUGAAUAAAACACUUCAUCAGUACAUUAGCACAGUUCCUACCCGCCAUGUAGUUAUAUUGACUGGUGGUUAUCAAUCAGGAAAAACACGUGCUUUGGAAGAAGUUCAAUAUGAAUUGCUUCGAGGUGAUAGUUUUGUUAUUAAUGUCGAUUUCUCAACAGCAAGAAAUACAAAUGAUAUAAUCGGCCUAGUUAAAACAGCUGUUUUCUCGGGAUUAGCAAUGCUUAAGCAACCUACCGGUGCUCAAAGAAGAUUUUUAGUAAAAUACUUACCACCACAGUCAUCAGAGGUAAUAUAUGGCAUUCAUUCAGUUUAUUCUCAAUUGUAUUUCGUUUUAUCGUCGAAAAUUGAUUUACUUCAUAAUGGCACAAUUGGAUGGUCAGAAUUCUUCAAUAGCCUUGAGGAAGUUAACCAGUAUAUUCCUGUUGCUUGCCUCUUCAAUUCUAUCGAUAAUAUCAUUGUUCAUUGCCCAGAGCUAUUUAAUGCAUUACUGAACAGAUUCGCUCUCAGAAAAGACUAUGUUGAUUACGUCCCCAUUAUCUGCGAGCUCAGAGAUACUUCCCUUAGAACAAAAUUUUCAUUAUUUGAUUCGAGUAUCAAAAUUUACGAACUGGAUGAAGUUUUCCAGCCAGAAAAGGUAUUCGUUAAAAGCAAUAAGAUUUUCACGGUCAAUGAACUCAAAGCGAUUACUUCCAGAUUUGGAUACCAUGGAGGCAUCUUCGAGAGAGUAUUUGAAGACCUCAAGCAUGGCCGUAAACUUGCGGACGCUCUCGAUUCUGUUUCUGAGUUCGUUAGCAAAGAUUUAUCAAAACUUAAUAUUUCAAAGGAACUUGCACUUAAAGUCUGCGGAAAUCAGACUGUUAUUGCACCCUCUGAAAUCAAUGAGUUUCAUCCGCUCCUUGUGAAAGGAUACAUCUGGAUGAGCGAAGAUUAUCGUUUUAAGUUUGCACAUGUUGGAAUCAAAGACUAUAUAUGUAAUCAUUAA